AUGGAUUGGAAGUUUCUCGAUGUCACGAUGGAAAGAACGGGUUUCAAUAGAAAACGGCGAGGCUGGAUUUCUGAAUGCUUACUGUCUUCUAUGAUAUCAGUAUUGGUACCUUUCCUCUUUUUGAUGGUAGCAGAAGGAUUUAAUGUGAUGAUGGUUAAAAGCAUACAGAUGAAGAUUUUUAACGAGUAUGAGGUUGGUAGAGGCAAGCUGAUUUCAAGACUCAAAGUAAAUUUCAAUAAGAGCUCACUAAUCGGAGUAAAUAUUCAUCGCUCAUGGUUGGAAGAGGCCGUUGUGGCUCUGAACUGCAGAGUCUGGACAACCCCUUUCAAAUAUCUUGGGCUUCCUGUAGGAGGUAAUCAUAGGAGAAUGGGCUCGUGGAAGUCGGUGGUUGAUACUGUGUGGCGUAGGCUGUCCUCGUGGAACAAUAAUAAUCUUUCAAUCGGUGGGCAUAUUAUUCUAUUGAAGUCAGUUUAA